AUGGUGGAGCGGUCGGACCGAGCCCCGCUGCUGGACUGGGAGGAGGUUCCGUCCUCGGCUCCCGCCAAGGACCGGCUGUCGAGCCCCUCCACCGGCCGCGGCAGCCCGGGAUGCUCCGCGCCGGUGUUCGGGUGGAGCAGCGGUCCGGGGGGUCCCACUCCCUGCAGGUCCGGCUCCGGCUCGGAAGGCUGCGGCACCCCACCCACGACCUCCAGGGAUGAGGGGCUGCAGCCCGACGAGGAGGGGUACCUGUCGGACUCGGGACCCGGGGAGGGGUCGCUGGAGGACAGGAUGGUGAAAUGGGAGGAGAAGGACCAGAUUGUGUCUGUUUUCGUGGUCGCGUUCAACACCAGAUCAGGAAACAUGCUGGAGUGGUGUCUGCCCAAAGACAUGGACCUGGAGGGAGUGGAGUUCAAGGCCAUCGCCAGCGGCUCCCACCGGGUCACCACAGACUUUAUAUACUUCCGGAAGGGCCACUACUUCGGCCUGGCCUGCUUUGCCAACAUGGCGGUGGAGAGCACGGUGGAGCGGGGGGCGAGGAUGAAGUCGGUGGGGAUCCUGUCUCCUUCCUACACGCUGCUCUACCGCUACAUGAGCUUCCUGGAGCACCAGGUCAGGCUCCAACUCCAGACCCCGGGCCACUACUCCCCUCUAGAGGCCUUUUAUGAGGACAAGAGAGCACUCCUGCCCCCUAGUGGAGAUGCUGUUGUUACUGCAUGUCCAGCCAUUGCCUGGGGAGCUGCACUCAACCACAGUAUGCACCCUGAGAUGAAGAUCACCCACCCCGCAGGCUGCAUGUCCCAGUUCAUCCGCUUCUUUGGCGAGCAGAUCAUGGUCCUGUGGAAACUGGCUCUCCUCCGCAGACGCAUCCUCAUCUUCUCGCCUCCUCCCGUGGGAGUAGUCUGCUACAGGGUGUAUGGCUGCUGCUGCCUGGCGAACAUCUCCAUCCCUGGUGUCAGCACGGCUGUGCCCGAGUUCCGCCCCUUCUUCUACGUUAAUGUGGCCGACAUCAGCGCCCUGGAGAACGAGCUCUCCUAUGUAGCAUGUACGACUGAGAAGAUCUUUGAGGAGAAGAAGGAUCUCUAUGACGUGUAUGUAGACAAUCAGAAUGUAAAAACCUACAGAGACGGCCUGAAGCCUCUGCUCCGCCUCAGCACCGCAGACCGGGAGAAAUAUCGCAAGCUCACGGAGCAGAGGCAGAUGUUGCUGUACUCCCAGGAGGAGAAUGGAGACUGUGUGUCCAGUGAAGAGGAUCUCUUUAUUCUGUUCUUCCUGGAGCAGAACAACAGAAUUUUCCAGACCCUGAGCGAGGUGGCAGGAAGCCCCGACCCCACCCUGACCCAGGAGAGCGUGAGGGCCAUGGGUCUGGAUCCUCACGGAGACAGGCUCUUCCUGCUCCACCUGCUGGAGAUCUACGGCUAUGACACCCUGCUGGUAUCGGAACAGCUCUGCUGCAGCUGA